AUGGGGGAAUCAUCGAAGGCCAGAGGCCAACGGCUUCGUUUGACCUGCACCGAAUGCUAUCGACGCAAGAUCAAAGGCUAUGCCUAUCUUUGUACUCGCGAGGAUGACGGCUUAGCUAUCAUAGUCAACACACAUGCAGAUGGCGAAUCGACAGCAUCUCAUGAUCUUGUUCGAACUCUGCUCGAUCGUGUAAGUCAGCUGGAGGCCCAACUGUCAGGUCACGAAAAAGGCGCGCGAAUCAAUAGCUCAGCUUCUCCGCAUCAGCCUUCUCCGCACACGCUUCAGAUACCAGAUCAGUUGGAACAAAACUCUACCCCAGCCCAUGGUCGAGCACGCCCACAGCAUGUCACGAACAGUCCCGUUCAUGAAGCAUUGGGUUCUGUUGCGCCUGAUAAUGAACACGCAGCGACAGUCCUUGAGUUUCUCGCAUGGGGCCGUAGCAAAGAUGUCGAGUAUGGAACGAUGCCGCAGCAACCCAGUCAGCUCCUGUUGAUACAAGAGAACGAUUACAGCGUCACUAAUGCCAUAUUCGAGAGCAGUAAGCAUGCAGCCCUUGAUCUGCUCGAGACACUUCUACCAGACCGGACCCAAAUCCGCCAGCUUGUCAGCUACCACGACACGUACAUUCUAUGGUAUCAUGGAUCCUAUUCGUCAUGGAUCUUCAACAAUGAUCUGAACAAGUUCCUGGACAGCUACCGUAGAAGUGUACGACACCCUGAUCUGGAUGUACAAUGGCUGGCACUUCUGUUCGCGAUCCUUACGGGUAGCCUGGCUUGUGCACCCCCUGAUAUUCGGCGUUCGUGGGGGUUUAUGGAUACCGAGAGCUCGACUUUAGCUCUGCAUUGGUACGAGUCGUCUGUCUUAUGUCUCAACACAGGCCACUACAUCGAAAGGCAUACCGUUCACUCCGUUGAAGCGAUCGCCACUUUGACCAUAGCUGCCCACAUAUUGGGUAGAUCCAGCAGUCAGUCCGUCCUUCUGUCCUCGGCUGGACGGAUCGCGCAAAGUCUCGGCUUGCACCGAUUGAGCACAGAGACAAAACCUGUCUCUAUUGAGCAAUUGCGUCAAAGAGAGGCUGGACGACGUGUUUUCAAUCAGCUUUGUACACAGGACUGGUUUCAGAUCCCAUUCUCCGAAUCUUAUUCACUAAAUCCCUGUUUCAUCACGACCGACAAGCCCAUGAACUGCAACGACGACGACCUUGAGUGUCAGCCUCACUCCGUUCCAACGCAAUCGAGCUACUGCAAUUAUCGAUACGAGAUCGCGGCACUCAUGCCGCGAUUGCUUGACGCAACCUCGGGGUGUAAUACGUUGUUCACUAGAUAUGAGCAAGUUCUCAAGUAUGACGAGAAGAUGCGGAAGCUUGCGACUGCAUCGAUGCCAACGUUUCUGUUCACGAACGCAACGAUCGAUGCGACUUGGCCAGUCUGGGUUGGCUGGGCUCGACGAUCGUUGGCUAUAUGCGCUGCACACAAAAUUAUCAUGAUACACCGUAGGUUCCUUGGCUUAUCUUUCACGAAUACGGCAUUCUCGUUCACUCGUCGGACAUGCGUCGCCGCAGCAAACACUAUUCUGAAGGAGGCUCUGUCAACAAAUGAUCAGAACGGUCCGGUCCUUUGGAUUGAGCAGGCUUUCUCAGUGGCGGCCGGCAUAGUGCUCAGUCUUGACACCGCCCACAGAGACCCCAAAGAAGAUGAUCUUGAACAGUACACGGCCAUGAUGAACAAUACUAUUGACUAUUUGAAGAAGUUCCAGGGCAGUAAGAUAGCUGCCCGUGGUGCACAGCUUUUAGCUACUUUGCAAAAGGAGGUUCGACAAGGGUCAUUCCGUGGCUUAGGCAAGAGACAUCGCGAUGUCGGAGAGACCGACUACUUUAGGCCGGCAAAGAUUACGCGCAUGUCGACUCAAAUUCACGAUACUUCACGCCCGGCUCAACCGGAUCUAACAGUUGAAAGCACAGUACAUACUAUAACGAGGCUUGGUGCCAGUCCAGAAGACAAUAGAUGGGACGCGUCUUUUCAUCAUUUCCCAGUUGAUGUUACACUUGAACCUCAAGAGCUGUUCGAUGAUCUGUUGUCAUUCCAGUUCUGA